AUGUGGCAAGCCACCAUUAAGACUUCGCCUUACUGGUACUCCUUCGUCAUACUCCCCCCUUUGAGUGCUGCCAUCGUAUUGAGCUUUCUGCUCAUUCGGCACACCCCUGAAUACGUUGUCGACCCCAUCCCAUUGCCGCCCUCUCCCACAAUUCCGAUCAAACCAUUCUGCCAAGUUUGUCACAAGACCAUCUUAGUCAUAUGGAGGUCUGGUGCUCCCACAUCUAGGGCCCCAUUCACACACCACUUGACUAAUGAAUCGCUGCGUAAAUCAGCUACCGAAGGCUGUCGUAUCUGCGCAACAAUCUGGCGCAGUUUGACCACCCGCCAGACGAAUCUCUUGAGUUACGCUUACAUUUUAGGACGCAUGACCACUUGGGAGGUUUCCUACGGUUGUUGUAUAAUGAUCCGAUCUGGAUCGUACUACAAAGUAUGUGCGUUCAGUAUUAUGGACGUGACGGAGUGUCAACUGAGCCUUCCUUUCCUCCCACGACCCCUGGAGGACCACACGGGAUCUGACACUAGUCUCAAGCUAGCCAAAGAAUGGCUCUCGACAUGCAUGCAACACCACCAGUCUUGCUGUGCCAACACCAAUGUUCACUUCCGUCCUUCGCGAUUAUUACACCUCAGUGCCGGCCACCACGUCCGCCUCCACACAUCAAAAGAUUAUCCGGAAGCAUUCUCCUACAUGACGCUGAGUCAUUGCUGGGGAAACGCACAGUUCAUACAGCUCCAGCAGAGCAACCAACACGCACUUCGACGCAGCAUCCCUUGGAACUCCCUCCCUCAGACUUUCAAGGACGCUAUCCGUAUCGCUAGGUAUCUUGGUACCGAGUACCUCUGGAUCGAUAGUCUCUGUAUCCUACAAGACUCCUCCGAAGACUGGCUGAUUGAGUCGGCAAUGAUGGGCAGCAUCUACAAGAACGCCACCUGCAACAUCGCUGCUUCUGACGCGUCUGAUAGCUGCGAAGGCUGCCUAUAUCCUCGAAAUCACCGGACCAUACAGCUGGAACGCCUGCCCCGGUACUCUGAACGAUUGAACGACUUAUACCUAGGAACCUACUCCCAGGGCCAAUCCAAUCGGUUGUACUCCCGCGCCUGGGUGCUCCAAGAAUCUAUGUUAGCACGGAGGACUCUCGACUGCGGCAGGGAACAGCUUUUCUGGCGAUGCGACGAAACCAAGGCGUCAGAAGAGUUCCCCGAGGGGCUCCCGCGCCAACAUCAUUGGCGAUAUACUCACCCGUCCCAUAGCCUUUUGGGAUUGUUGAACAGCCUCUCGAGCCUCAGUCUCAUGGCGAAGGAGAUGAAAGAAUGGGAAGCCAGAAACCAACAAGCACUCCAGACUCCCGGCCACCGCGGUAACAGUAAAGUAAUCCUCGAGGCUUACAACGGUUCGGGGUCGCCAUCCAUGUACUGGUACGGCAUCGUCGAGAUCUACUCGCGCAUGUCGUUGACCAAGGAUACGGACCGACCUAUUGCCAUAGCAGGUGCACUAGACGCCUUUCGUCCAUACCUCGGUCAGUAUUGGGGAGGUAUAUGGCAGCAUCUUCUACCCCUCAAUCUUCUCUGGAGCACCCAAAAAGAAUUCAAUUUUUCACCACCGCCAAACCGCUGCUACAGACCGUCUCCUAGGCGGGGCCCCUCCUGGUCCUGGAUAUCGCUCGAGGGCCCUGUUUACAUCGAACAGUGCGAACUCCAACAUGGUGAUGAGCUCCUCUCGCAGUUCCUCGACGCCGAAGUUGUCUCUGCUUACGAUAUCCGCCUGCUGAUGAGGGCGCCUCUAAUACAUGCCACAUGGGUAGAGUGGGUUGGCGUCGUGCCACGCACCUUGCUGGCCAUGGGCCUCAGGCCUACCAUCCGGGGCCUGGGCAUUCUGGACUCAAAGUGGCUAAGCCAGUGGCGGGUUUCGCCGAACCCGCUUGGUGAUGGCGACGUAGACGCCUCUAUUCAGCUCUUCUUUGACGUCAGAAGCUUUGAGGGGACGGUCCGCGAUAUCGAUCUGAUGGCGAUGCGUUUUAGAUAUGAGAUGGUCGACGGGUUGGUUCUGCAAAAGAAUACCGACGGAUCUUUCACCCGCGUCGGAACUUUUACAACGUGUAGUACUGCUGCUCGAAUCUUCCGACAGGUUGAUGACACGGAUGUCAUUUUGAUUUGA